AGAUGUUUGUGAUAACCGGAUUUAUGAAUAUCAUAAACAAGGCAAUGACUGAUCAGUUUCCUCGAUCAAUAGCACAUGUCUCAGAAUGAGCUGUCUCUGUUAAGAGAAUUCAGAGGUUGUAUUGUACCAGCAGCAAGGUAUAAUGAUGAAAUGGAUGAUCAUACCACAAAAUCAUUAUCAUCAGCAGAGAUUUGUGGUGAAGUGACUACUGCAACUAGGUACGUUGCAAAUGAUAUGAAGACCACAGACUUAAUCUGUGACAAAAGCAGAUCUCUUGGAAAUGAAUGCAAGAUGGAGAUGGCGAAGACUGGUGCUCUGGAAUUUAACGUAUAUGCAGAAGAAAACAGUACAGAUAGUGGUGACACUCCAGACAAGAAUGGUCUCAAGGUUACUAAUGUGAUGGCCGUGUGGACUGAGAAUUUGCCUGAGAACACGCUUACUGAUGUGAGUCUGGAAGUAAGACCUGGAGGACUGGUGGCUGUCAUUGGACCUGUUGGAUCAGAGAAGGUCUGUCACUUUCAUGACACUGGUGUUUCCUUGGCAUAUCAUUAA